AUAGGUUAAAAAAGUGCGUGCAAUUUCACAAUAGAACAGAACGUGGCGAUUGCUAUUGCUUAGGCAACCAGUUAAUGUCUUCGUCUCCCAGCCCAGCAGUGGCGUAUUUCUUUUUUGUAUUUUCACUUGUGCGUGUUUAUUUAUAGGGCUCUGUUGGAUGAUUUUUAAUUUUUUGUUAUUGAUUAUUCUUAUAUCUCCAGGCAAUUUGCACAAAUAUGGCUUUAAAAUAAAUUGGUAUAAAAGGAAGAGUGCUGCAUUCCACUCGCCCUCUCUGCAAGCGAUCGAGUGGCUUUGGGAUUGUAGUAAUUUAUCACAAACAGCAAAACAAAAGCUGACCCUAGUAAAUUCUAUUAUGAACUUUACCAGCUGAUUUUUAAAAAAACAAAGUUUCAUGGGCCAUGGAAGUUACUGUCUAUUCUCCUGCCAAGUCCAUAAAAAAUGAGAGAGUAUUCAAAGUAAUCGUGAUCGGUGAUUCAAACGUAGGAAAAACUACUUUAACCUAUAGAUUUUGUGAAGGCACAUUUCUCACUACAACAGAAGCAACAAUUGGAACGGAUUAUAGGAGUAAAACUCUAAACUUAGAUGGCGAAGUUAUUAAGUUACAGCUGUGGGACACUGCAGGUCAGGAACGCUUCCGAUCGUCCAUAAUGCGAAGCUAUUAUAGAAAUGCAGAUGCAGUGAUAUUAGUGUAUGAUGUUACAAACCCUGCCACAUUUGCUUCUCUGGAGAAGUGGAUUCACGAAUUUACGUCACAAUGUGCUCCUAACGUAACCAAGUUAUUAAUUGGAAAUAAAUGUGAUAAUGAUAUAAAGGUUUCUACUAAUCAGGCUCAGAAAUUUGCAGAUCAGUAUGAUAUGCCAUUAUUUGAAACAUCUGCCAAGUUGGAUUCACAUUGCGACCAUGUGGAGUCCAUAUUUCUGACCUUAGCACACAAACUUAAGAAUCGCAAACCGUUAAUACCCGAGGAAAGGGAAUUAGUUAAGCUUAGAGCAAAAGUUGUUGAAGAUACUACACAAUCAUCUUGGUGUUCCUGUUUUUGACUGUUGUUCUCUUUUUCAUUCAUUUAUAUAUGUUUACGUAUUUAAAAUGUAGAUAAAAAUAAAUUUAAGGUUAUAAAGUGAAUUUAUGAGAACAAACGGCUUGUGAUAUUUUGGUUUUCUCUCUAAUAAAUUUGUCCUAUGAAUUAUUUUUUAUCAAUCAAUCAACUAGCAAUCCAAUCUAAUCAAACUGGACAGGGGCCUACACAGGACAUUGCAGGCUUAGGAGGCAUCUUUGCCUGCUAGGCAUUGGAGACGACACGGAGUGUAGGUGGUGCAUGGAAGGGGAGGAGACCCCGUAUCAUCUGCUCACCGAGUGCCCUGCCUUCACAUGGGCAAGAUUGGGAGUCUUCGGAAUGGCCCUGAUCGAUCCGGACUCAGUGCACGGUAUUGGGCUAAAGGAGUUGCUGACCUUCUACAGGAGGGGCGGCAUUGUGGACGCCCUCUAGAGCGGCCUGGGGGCACAACGGGCCCAUCUGGUGGCCUAAGUGCUUGGACGCCCGCGAGGGCGCCCCCCUUUAAUACCAAUACCAAUACUGGACUUCUAGUGGAAGUCAAAAUUUGGAUCAGCUGAGUCUGAAUAUCCCAAACACAGAGAAGGAAAUUUAAAACUGAAAAUGAUUGAUUGGCCUUUGUUGCUACCAUAAAAAAAUGUCUAUGCCUGCAAAAUUUAUUAGACUUUCCUCAAUUUGUCUAUUUUAUAGAUAAUUUAGGCAGGUUAAAAUUAUACUUGGUAACGUUGAAAAUAUGCUUAAGGGUGAACACAACAGAUGAAAAGGGAAUCAAAUAUUUAUAAAGCAAAAUUGUGAUCUUAAAACCGCAGCAAAGGAGGAAGUCCCAAGAGAUUAUUGAAAAUUAUUUAAUAGAAUGGAUUUUAGAGUUAAUUGAUAUUGAAAAGAUAUUAGUAUUUAUUUGUUCUCUCAAGCUUAUCCUGGUUAGAUGGGAGUAUUUCCGUAAUCUUCCUAAGAGAGGUUAAGGCAGCUGUUUGGUAAGGUUGAUUGCAGAACAAUUUUUUAUUUUACUUUAGAACAUGUUAUGGUUAUUUUUGGCCUCGUAGUUGAGAAUCAUACUGAUUUGAUUCGAUAAGUAUGUGUACCACUACAACAAAUAGUUAUUCUGUCCCAUGCAGUUGCCAGUUUUUUCAGGAUUUUAAUUCCUUCAGUUUCUUCGGUAGUUUCGUCUUAGUAUCAAUUUUUGAGCUGGUCUAGUACGCAUUCGUAUGAAUUCCUUAAGGAUCUCAAUAAAUCUAGAUUUUGUUAUUUUUGGGUAAGAAAUAGAAAUAAAAAAUUAUCUUUAUUAUGUAUUUUAUUCAAUUUUUGAUUAAUGUGUGAAAGGAAUUACUAUAUACUCUAUGACGUGCGAAUAUUUACUGACAACGUUUGUGCCUUAAAAUAAGUUUAGUAUCAGUUAUUUAAUAAAUUCGAUAUUCCAAAUAAGCUACUUUGUCAAAAAAAAAUGUUGCACAAAACCACGCUUUUGUUUAAAAUAUCUGCAUAGAAAGUAGAUUAUUUUCUAAAAAUGUCAAUAUUGUUGUUAUUAUCCUUUAUUUUAAUAUGACACAUACUUCUGUCGGGUUCUUUAGGAUUUCCUUAUUGUUAAAGUAGAUACUGCUUCAAUAUUACACGUAUAUACAAGGAAGGUCGAAAGUAUACGUCAACCAGUUCAUGACAUCAGCAGCAGCAAUUCGAGGAAUUCCAACAAAAAUAUCCACUCCAUUUAGUUUUCAGAGCGAUGCGAUGGCGAUGUGACGCACAAUAUAAUUAAAUAUAAAUUUCGUUGCAAUUUUAAAAUCAUCAUUAUUCAUUGACACAAAAAAACUUGACCUGUCAAUUCCACAACCCUAUGUACGCCUAAGGCCCUAGGACUUAUCUAUUUGAAUAAACCUCUUUCUUUGCAAAAUUGUUUCUCUCUUAUGUAUUUUGUAUAUGAUUGUAGCUCUUAAGAUAUUGUACA